AUGGCACCCAAAGGGAAGGACUACGAUACCGACUGGAUCUGGUCCAGCACCAGCAACAUCCACGUCGCCAAUCAUCGAGACUGGUUCUCCACGUUCACUCCUCUUGCCUCGACCAUCUCGAGGGGCAGUGAGUCACACGUUAUCGAAGGCAUAGGUGAAGUCAGUCUCGAUGUUCGCCUCCUGUUAGGUGCAGCAGCCAAAGCUGCGAAGAACAAGGCAAUGGUCAACUCCACGAUUGUCCUCCGCAAUGUUCUCUACGUUCCCACGUUCAGGUGCAACGUGCUUGGAGAGCCAGUGAUAGAGGACUAUAGCGUCUCGAUCGGUGUGAACAAGUUGUUGAUGGACAAGAAUACCGGCAGAGGACUGGGACUGUUGGAGAGGAAUGAAGCUGGGUUGACAAAGGUAAUAUUGAAAGGCCAAGCGAAGGGGCAGAGCAGCUUCAAGAAGGAAGACGUCAGUGAGGUGAGUGUGAAGUGGUCUGAUGAAGAGAAAAAGAAGUGGAUAGAACAGACCGUCCAGCAGGGACAUAGGGGAGGCAUCCAUAUUCAGAUCAACGCACACCAUCACCGUAUCUGUGCAUCGCCGUUUCUGGCUGGCGUAGAGACCACCGUGGCAUUGAAGGCUAUCGGCACGGUUGACUGGGUGGUCUGCAUGACAGCUUUACUUCACACGCCCAGGACUCACUGA